AUGGAUUUCACGAUCUCGCUCGCCCACUUCUGCGAGGUCCACGGUCCUACAUCUAUCAUCUGCACCCAGGCUUCCACUUCGCCAUGCGGUUCUUGCAACCCAUGCGCUACACCCCCAUCCGAUGACGCGCCUCUCUCCUCAUACUCACAAUCAGGCCUCUACGACAACCCUUCCCUAAAGCUCAGCGCACGCUUACCACAGCUCUCCUCUCCCUUCGAGACUCCACCCACCAGCCCGCGAUCCCCGACACAUAAUCCAUACUUCCCGAGCUUCUCUUCCGACAGCAGCUUCGGCGGCCGGAGACCAAGCAGUACUAUUGAUUCCGAUCCGGAGGUCUGCGAGCACUGCACCAUUGUCGUCCCCAAGAAGUACAGCGACAAGCUACCGAAUGGAGCCCCCGGCAGUCCCUCCAAGGAUGGCCGUGGACGCAACGGCAGCCCGGUGCUUCGAAGCUCCCAAAACUUUCCCGUGCGAGGAUCCGGAUCGCCAGAAGUCUUCUCCAGUUCCCCCGAGUCGUCGGACACGGAGCAGAGUCGAUCCUUUCCGGACUCGAUGCCAUCGUCUCCCAUGUACAUCUCCCGAGGCGUGCAUACCCAUACCCUCAAUUACAUCUCCACCAGCCAGCCACAGUCACCAGCCACCUACUCUCUAUUAAGAAGAACAUGCAUUCGCACCCUCUCCUGCGAAGCUCUUCCCUGCGGAAAACCCUCCGGACCACUCAUGUUCGGUGACCCGGUCGCAGGCUAUACCAUCGCAUAUAUAUUCCGCCUCCAGGACCCACGAUCGCGCGGAGCAAAGAGAACAUAUGCUCUCAUUGCAAUGGCCGGUCGGGACGACCGCCGGGCCAGCAGAGCCAUGGUCAAGGUGACCGAGGUCUUUGAGAGCAUCGCGAACUCGAUCGUGGCCCUCGCCGAGAAAGAAUUGGAACGUGAGUCGGCGGCUUCCGUUUCGAGUCUCUCCAGUUCAAGGCCGACCACAGCAGUCCCGAGCACUCCACCUUUUGGCACCUCUGCAUCUUCCAUGCCCAUGUUCCUGUCCCCGCAAAAGGAGAAGGUUCUGCCCUCGUCAGCGAGCACUCCGGCGACCCGCAACAUCACCCCAGUCUCUUCCUUCCUCUCAGCGAAGAAGGUCGACCCGGACGGCUAUCCCCGGGUGAGCCGUGAUGCUAUGCGGCCCAAGACCUUAACCGAGAUCGUGGGAAAUGAGGGCGUCUUCCGUUUGUCCGUGCCGUACGAUAUGGCACUGGCGUAUUUGGAUUGCUGA